AUGUCUGUGCCGAAAACAAAGGCGUUGCUUGUCUUGCACGAUGGUGAACGCUUCGAGGGCUACUCGUUCGGUUACGAGCAGAGCGUGGCAGGCGAAGUUGUUUUUGCCACCGGCAUGGUUGGGUACCCAGAGGCCCUCACCGACCCAUCGUUCCAGGGACAAAUCCUUGUUCUAACAUCGCCAAUGGUCGGGAACUACGGCAUUCCCCCCAUUGAGACCGAUCACUUUGGCGUGACGAAGUAUUUUGAAAGUUUUGGCGGGAAAAUCCACGUGAGUGCGGUGGUGGUCUCCGAGUACUGCGAUGAUCCGGCACACUGGCAGAUGCACGAGACACUUGGGCAGUGGCUUCGGCGAAACAAGAUUCCAGGUCUCAUGAUGGUGGAUACACGCCAUAUUGUAUUGAAAUUGCGUGACAUGGGUACGGCGCUGGGAAAAAUUGUUGUCAACAACGCAGACGUUCCGUUUUUGGACCCCAAUACACGCAACUUGGUGGCCGAGGUCAGUACCAAGACACGCUGUACAUACGGGCAUGGGACUCUCGUCAUCCUGGUUAUUGAUAUGGGUGUAAAGCUCAACUCACUGCGAUGCCUGCUAAAGUAUGACGUGACCCUGGUCGUUGUGCCACACGACUGGGACAUUACGAAGGAGACGUACGAUGGCCUUUUCAUCUCCAAUGGUCCAGGUAACCCGCAGAUGUGCACAAAAACGAUUGAACAUGUUAGAUGGGCUCUUACACAAGAUAAACCCAUUUUUGGUAUAUGUAUGGGAAAUCAAAUUUUGGCACUUGCUGCUGGAGGCACCACAUACAAGAUGAAGUACGGCCACCGUGGACAAAAUCAGCCUUCAACAUGUCGUCGCGAUGGUCAUGUCGUCAUUACGACACAAAAUCAUGGGUUUGCUGUUGACUUUAAGACCCUCCCUCAGGAUGAGUGGGAAGAGUUUUUUUACAACCCUAAUGAUGAUAGCAAUGAGGGUUUACGUCAUCGUACAAAACCAUUUGAGGCUGUGCAGUUUCAUCCAGAGGGACGUUGUGGUCCACAGGAUACUGAGUAUCUCUUUGGCGACUUUAUUACACAUGUGAAGAAAGCCAAAGUGAAGGAAGCCUCCAAAUCGCAACCGAGAAAGGUGCUUGUAUUGGGUGCGGGUGGCAUUGUUAUUGCACAGGCCGGUGAGUUUGACUACAGUGGUUCGCAGUGUCUCAAGGCGUUGAGUGAAGAAGGCAUAGAUACUGUGCUUGUGAAUCCAAACAUUGCGACAGUGCAAACAGACAAUGAAAUGGCAGACAAUAUUUAUUUUGUGCCAGUUACUCCAGAAGCUGUGGAACGUGUCAUUGAAAAAGAACGACCCGAUGGGAUUAUGCUGGCUUGGGGAGGCCAAACGGCGUUAAACUGUGGCUUGGAAUUGGACCGACUUGGAGUCCUGAAAAAACACAAUGUCCAGGUUCUUGGUACACCUGUCUCCACGAUCGCUGUGACGGAGGAUCGAGAACUGUUCCGUAACGCACUGUUGCAGAUUAACGAACAUGUGGCGAAAUCUACAGCUGUGACGUCUGUAGAGAGUGCGGCACAGGCGUCAAAGGAUAUUGGGUUUCCGCUAAUGGUGCGGGCGGCCUACUGCCUUGGUGGACAGGGCAGCGGUAUUGUACACAAUGAAGAGGAAUUACGUCAUAAAGUGGACGUGGCACUCGCAGCUUCCCCGCAGGUGCUGCUGGAGGAAAGCGUGGCUGGAUGGAAGGAAAUUGAGUAUGAGGUGGUGCGUGACAUCUACGAUAACUGUAUCACGGUGUGUAACAUGGAGAACUUUGAUCCAAUGGGCAUUCAUACCGGUGACUCCGUCGUUGUUGCUCCCUCUCAGACCCUGACCAACGACGAGUACCACAUGCUGCGAAGUGCGUCCAUUAAAAUCAUUCGUCACCUCGGUAUUGUGGGGGAGUGCAACAUUCAGUACGGUCUUGACCCCAGCUCCCACCGCUAUGUUGUUAUUGAGGUCAAUGCCCGUCUUUCUCGUUCCUCUGCCUUGGCGUCCAAGGCAACUGGAUACCCCCUCGCACACGUUGCAGCAAAGAUUGCGCUUGGCAAGGGUCUCUUUGAAAUUGCAAAUGGUGUGACCAAGACGACGAUGGCGUGCUUUGAACCGAGCUUGGAUUACAUUGUUGUCAAGAUGCCGCGCUGGGACCUUGCCAAGUUCAACAUGGUGAGUCAGGAAAUUGGAUCCAUGAUGAAGAGUGUGGGAGAGGUAAUGGCGAUUGGCCGCACCUUCGAGGAGGCGCUGCAAAAGGCACUGCGUAUGACGGAUCCGACACACAUUGGCUUUGACGUCCCUCUCAGACUGGAGACGAAGAAGGGUGGGUGGGAUUACAUGCAUAAUAUGAAGGUUCCUACACCGGACCGAAUUUUUGCCAUUUGCCGCGCCUUACACGAGGGAGUUUCAGUUGAGGCGAUUUAUGAGAUGACACGUAUCAAUCCAUUUUUCCUCAAGAAGCUCCAAAGUCUUGUUGCGCUACAAAACUUAAUGGCGAGCCUAUAUAAAGGAAAAUUGGGAAUCAUGCCACGUGAUUUCAUGCUGAACAUGAAGGCGCAUGGCUUUAGUGAUCUCCAGAUUGCAAAAUACAUUGGUUGCACAGCAGACGAUGUACGAAAUCGACGCAUGGAAUUGAACAUUGCCCCAAAGGUUAAACAAAUUGAUACGGUGGCAGGCGAGAUCCCCGCUGCCCAGUGCUGUUAUCUGUACACCAGCUAUAACGCACACAAAGAUGAUGUGGAAUUCACUGAGCGUAUGUAUGCGGUCCUUGGCUGCGGUGUUUACCGGAUAGGCAACAGUGUGGAGUUUGACUAUGGCAGCGUUCUUGUCGCGCGCGAACUGCGUCGUCUAGGAAAGAAGGUUAUUCUUAUCAACUACAACCCUGAGACUGUCUCUACCGACUACGAUGAAUGUGAUCGACUCUACUUUGAGGAAGUCUCGGAGGAGACGGUGCUUGACAUUCUACUGAAGGAACGAAUCCAAGGCGUCAUCAUCUCACUUGGUGGUCAAAUUGUGCAAAACAUGGCACUUCGUCUGAAGCAGCAUGGUCUGCCAAUUCUUGGGACUGACCCUGCCAAUGUAGACAAGGCAGAAAACCGUCAUAAAUUUUCCAAAAUGUGUGACGAACUUGGUGUGCCGCAGCCGGAGUGGGUUGUUUCUACAAGUGUAAAGCAGGUGCAUGAGUUUUGCAAUCGUGUUGGGUUCCCUACUUUGGUGCGACCGAGUUAUGUUCUGAGCGGGUCCGCGAUGGCUGUUAUUGCGAGUGAGGCCGACAUUGACCGCUACCUUGCAGAGGCUUCCCUCGUCUCUGGGGAACAUCCUGUUGUUGUUAGCAAGUACUACGAGGCUGCGAUGGAGUACGAUGUGGACGUCGUCGCCCACCAUGGCCGAGUACUUUGCUAUGCCAUUUGCGAGCAUGUAGAGAACGCCGGUGUGCACUCGGGCGACGCGACAAUGUUUUUGCCGCCGCAGAACACUGACAAGGAAACCAUGAAACGUAUCUACGAGGCUACUACACGCAUCGCGGAGGAGCUUGAUGUCAUUGGUCCCAUGAAUGUUCAAUUUCUUUUUACGAAGGAUAAACAGCUGCGCGUGAUUGAGGCAAACAUUCGAAGCUCACGCUCUGUGCCGUUUGUUUCCAAGACUCUCGGCAUUUCAUUUCCCGCUGUGAUGGUGUCGGCCUUUCUCUCGCAGGGUGACUCUCAACUUGUGCCGAUUAAGCGUGCCAAGAUGACGCACAUUGGAUGCAAGGCAUCCAUGUUCUCUUUUAAUCGCCUUGCGGGUGCUGACCCCAUUCUUGGGGUGGAGAUGGCCUCUACAGGCGAGAUUGGCGUCUUCGGACGUGACAAGAAGGAGGUGUUUCUAAAAGCAAUGCUGUGCCAGAACUUCCGAUACCCGAAGCGUGGUGUCUUUAUCAGCUGCGACGUUGAUAACAUUACGGAGGAGCUGUGCCCCUACUUUGAGCGCAUCGCACAGCGAUUUCCUGUCUUCACCUCGAGGCAAACUGCACGCGUGUUUCUCGAUUACGGCAUUCCACACACCACCCUAACGCAGCGUCACGAGGACAGCAACCCAAGCUUUGAUGCGGCGGUUGCUGCAAAGGAAAAAUUUGACCUUGUCAUUCAGCUACGCGAUAAACGGCAAGAUUUUAUGCUUCGACGAUGCACACUGGAGACGGCCACCCCAGACUAUUGGAUUCGGAGGCUUGCGGUGGAUUACAAUUACUCUCUCCUGACUGAGCCGAAUGUAGUGCGAAUGUUCUGUGACUCCCUUGACGUUAAUGCAAAUGAGAUUGAGAUUGAACCCUUCCGGCACUACGUCCCGCGCAUCUAUCACAAGAUGGAAAAUCACAACUACACUAUGCUGCAUCGCCACAAGGUCGGUUUGUGUAUUACAUCCACGAAUGAUAGUAAAGUGCUUGCGAUACGCCUUAAGGAAGAGAAAAUUGCACUCACAUGCUUUCACGCAUGCCUUGGCGGUGUAUCCGCCAAAAGCGAGGAAAUUGCGGAACAGUUCCGCGCGAUUGGCGUACCAGUGGAACUCGUCGAUCUACGGUCGGAGAUGGCAGAACUUGGCUUCGAUAUGGUGAUGGCUAUGGUUGGCGAGGACACGAACUACUGGCAUUUGUCCAAGCUAAUCUUGCAUGUGAUGGGGUUAUAUUUGCUUCAGGCCAUACGAAGACGUCAAAUGACUGUCGUGGCACAAAGCUCUUCCCGGGGAAGUAAAGAUUUGAACUUUGAGCGCUAUGUUCAUACCUUUUUUCCCCAAAUGGGUGUUUACAACCCAUGGCGGGAUUCGACUCUGCUGGAAGAAUUCCCCAGUGAUGCACACAAGGUUUCCUUCCUGCGCAGGCACGGAGUAGAGGGCGUGAGCGCGCCGGUUGAGCUACACAGCAGUGUAUGUGGCAUCACGCAUAAGCGACGUGAUGGAAGGCUAGCUCCAGUGCUAAGGAUGGUGCGACCAAGGCAUGAAUGCCUUACCACGCCAGAGUUUUGUUCCCUCACCUUCCGCAAUGCUCGAUGCACUAAUAUAAAUGGUGCAGAGGUGACCCCGCUCCAGGCGCUACAAAUGGCCAAUGAGAUUGCCGGCCGCAAUGGCAUUGGGCUGGUGCACACUCGCGAAGGAACCAUUUACGAGACGCCUGGUAUGACACUCCUUACGAAGGGUCUUCGCUUCCUUUACGACGUCUGCUUCGACCGCAGCACCACGGACAUGUUUAGCUUGUACUCGAGUCACGUGUCCGAACAAUUGGCGUCGUAUGGGCUGCUGGAGAGACACACGCAGUCCGCGUUGGAGGCGAUUCGUUACCUGACGAAGGAAGUGAGCGGUGUUGUGGAGUUGGAGCUGAACCAGGGAGACGUCAUCUUUCUGAAGAUGUCGCAGGUGGCAAAUCCAGCGAAGAAGCGUCUGGCGCAACUCCAAACAGAGGAGGAGCUGGAGGACGUUUUUCAACCCGGCAACGGCUCCUUUAGUGAUGUGCAAUGGUGA